CCCCGCUCCUUCACAACGGACCUCACUACAUCUUGAUUUCUCUCCCCUUUCCUUCCUACAAAGAUCAGUUUCAACUCCUGGAGCAAGCAGUUUCUCUUCCCCUUCUGUCUUAAAAGCGUCGAAGAACAACAACCUUCAGAAGGCCAAAUUGAAAUCAAUUUGGAUCCAGAAACUUUUUGUCCUCCCCAGCCAUCCUCCACUGCGGGACCAGACAUCCAGCUCCUUCACUCAGCGAGGACGGUGGAGCGAAUCAUGCCCUCCAACUUCCUAACGCCGUUCCUGGAACUGGAUGAGGAGUUUUUCAAGAAUUUCCGCGGCCUGGAGGCGACAGAUGGCUCGCCUACCAGCUCACAGCAGCAACGGCAGCAGCACAGUCUAAGAGUACUGGGCUUCCAGCGUCGCCAUUCUCUGUGCCCCGUGACCCUCCCCAACUCCAAGUUCAACAGCAGCAGCAGCUCCGAGGUGACCGACUCUAGCUGCUGGGGGCUCAACGUGGCCUCCAACCAGCAGUGGAGCAGGGAGAGUCAGUUUCCCCGCUCCUCGCUCAGCCACAUCCCUUUCAGAGUCGACCGCUCGGUCAGCAUGAUUGAGGGCAACGUCAGCAGCGUGGGAGACAGAGAGGACAAAAUGGCUAAUUUGUCCCCGCCGCUGCUGCUCCCUCCACCAGGCCUCUGCACCAGCAAUGCCUCUCUCUCCCCCACAGCUUCCUCCUCUGGCCUCAGACCAACAACCCCCUCACCUCACAUCUCCACUCGGUACAAGACAGAACUCUGUCGCACCUUUGAGGAAAGCGGGACCUGCAAGUAUGGCGCCAAGUGCCAGUUUGCCCACGGCUUGGACGAGCUGAGAGGCCUCAGCAGGCAUCCCAAGUACAAGACAGAGCCUUGCCGCACUUUCCACACAAUAGGUUUCUGCCCAUACGGCGCCCGCUGCCACUUCAUCCACAAUGCUGAUGAGCUCGAAGCCGCCGGUCCUCCUCAGAAACAGAAGCUGAGGCCUCCUCUGCUGCGUCACAGCUUUAGCUUUGCAGGUUUCUCAUCCUCUCCACAGACCUUCCAACCAGUUGAGGAGUCACAGCCUUCCUCCCUCCUCUUUUCACGGGCUUCCUCUGUCUCUCCUCCUCCAUCCUCCAUAGGGAGCCCAGAGCUUCUCUCCCCUCUCUUCCCUGAGCCGGGUACACUGAAGCAUUGCCCCUACCCCUUCUCUGGCAUCACCGAACUGGCAGGCGACAGUGGUGAUUCAGCUCUCCGCUUCUAUGCCGUGGCCGAUUCUGUCAGCAACAGGUGUCCCACCUCCACUUUCACCUCCAAAAACCCAAACCUCCCGUACCAUCUUCCCCAGCAGCUGCCAGCCUCCCUGAAUGCCCCCCCUGGCCUUCAGCGCUGCUCCUCUGCAGACUCCCUCUCUGAGGAAGGCUACACCUCCUCCUGCUCCCUCAGCUCGUCCUCCAGCGGCACAGAGUCACCAAGCUUCGAGGGCCGUCGCCUGCCCAUCUUUAGCAGCCUGUCUGUUUCAGACGAGUAGGGAAGGGUUUUACUGUAGAGCUGAAUUUAAUCAUGGAUAGAGGGUCUAAUUGUUUAACUCUACGUGACCAGGAUCUGAUGUAGGGUUUUUGUGUCCAGUCCAGAAACAAAAGAGCAGUUUUGACACAUGUCGUCUUCACACUAUUUACCCUCUAAAUAAAGCAGAAACAGAAUCCAGAUACCAGUCACAAUGGAUUAAAACAUUAGGUUUUCGGUUCCUCUCUAAAUCCAGCCAGGUAAACGUACCGAACUUUGUGCAUAUUGCAUUUCUCAUCCAAGCAGUUGUAGCGCUGCUCAGUGUUUGUCCAGUUUUAGCUGGCUUCUCUUUUUGUUUUAUUGUUAUUUUCCUAAGGUUGUUCUUUUAUGCCAUUGUUACUGCUGUAUACUGUUGUAUACCCAUUUUUAGAGACAACUUGGAGGGUACUUCACUUAGCUCGGCAUUCACCCGUAUGCUGUUCCUGCUCGGUGGGAAGUUCAGUGUGAGAAUUUCCUGUACCCUUAUUUAAAAAGGAAACAUAAGUGCUGUUUGCCCUAUUACUGGUGUGCUGUCCACUUUUUUAAUUUGGCAAAGUUGUUUUGUUUUACAGAUCUUAUUUCUUAUUUUACUCCUUGCAAAUAGUUGCAGUGAUGCCAGCCUGCAGCACAUCUCCAGUCAUAUUUAGGGCUUGAGAUGUAAGGGCUCUGUAAGGAACCAACCUCUUGUUCAUGAGUAAGAGGGUUAAAUAACUGUAUGCUGUUAAUUGAUUGGUUGUAUGGCCGUGGCCACUUGAUUGUAUUUGCCAACCAUUUAAAUUGCCUAGCAGGGGUUCAGCUAAAAUGCCUUAGCAAACAAAAAAUAGCUUAAGUGUAGGCAACCCACUGACUCUCUCUAGCUACCAAAGUUGAUGUUUGAGUUCCCCUAACCUUCUAGUACUGUUAACACCUAGCCUAGCCUUUAGCCAUGACAGGUCAUAUACAGUGUUAUGUUUAUUGUUAUUAUAGCUUAACACUUUUUAAAGACUUAUUUAUUGCUUUUUGUAUGAUUUGUUGUUUCUGUCAGAGUUUGCUUUGUGAUUGUGUUUAUGCAUUUUUUAUACCAGAGAAAUUUUGCUUUACUUGUGCAUUCAUGAUGUCCGUCUGCUUGGUUUAUGCUAUCUAUUAGCUUUAAGAAGGCUCGCGGAGAGGAGAGGAAAGGAGGACGAAAAACAUUUUUGGCAUUCUAUAUGUAUGUUGCCUUAUUGGCUAAUAGGCCUGGCAGAAAUCAAGACUCACUGAGUUUUCACAUCUUAAGCAGGUGGUUUCUCUAUUUGACUACAGAAGUCUCCAGACGAUACUGCUUCUGAACUUUGGGAAACAUCCUCAGUCGCAUGGACGCUACUUUCUGCUUUUUGUGUGAGCAUAAAGUGAGUCUACUCUCCUCUCCAUUCAGCCUCACACCUCUGACUGUAAUAACCUUUUUUUAUUAUUUUUUUUUUUUACAUAUGUUAAAUUGCUGUUAUCUAAAUACAAAGCAAAACAGUGUUGAAAGAGGGGUUCACCACACAUUCAUGGCCUCAGUGUGAGUCAGCAGUUGUAAAUAAAAAUGUGGUACAGUAUUAUCGGGAGCUAUAUAACCAUCAAAAGAAAGACAAAAUCUAUUUUGAUGUUAGAAAAGAGAACUAAUAUUUCAUAGUACAUGUGUGACUAAUGAGUGUCUAUCAGGCCUGCUGUAUUACUGCAUUGUGGUCUUAAAUGUCUAAAAUGUGUGCUAUCUUCUCCUCUUGAUGUAAACAAACAGGUGAAAAGGUCACCUUUGUUUAUAGUUGAUUUUUAUCUAUCAGAGUUGCCUUGAUGACAAUGUGUUUUUAGGGCGACCUCUGUUGCACGCUAGCUAGCUAGCUAACUCUCUGAGUGGCAGGUCAAAUCAAGCGAGUUCAAAUGAAAUAAGGCAAGAUUUUUAUUGUUUGUUUUUGUCAUGACAUUGACUCAGCCUGCCCUGAUGAGUCCAGAGACGCUUCUUGUUGCUGUAGCUUAUUGUUAGCUUGACUUGACAGCAAGCGGUUUUUGUAACUUUUGUUAACUUAAAGUCUUAUUUAUUUUGUUUCUCAAAGCAAAAACCUAUAUUGUGUUGUUUGAUUUUGUUUUUUGGUUCACAUAAUUUAAGUGCAUUUAUUGUUUACAUUCCAUGGGUUACGCUGAUAUCCUAGCUCUUUAUCUUAAUAUAUUUGUCCAUCUUUAUUUCAAAAUAAAAGUCCUUGAAAAAUAA